AUGGAGGUAGGUCAACCUACAGUAAUCAGAAAAUUAUCUAGUUUUCUUUCAGUUGUCAUCAAUUUUAUUCGAAAAACUUCACGUAAUCACAUUUUUCACUAUCUUUAUCUCAAUUAUUUUCAUUUGUGAUAAGAAAAAGAAACCAGCAAAUAAAAGUGUAACUUCAACAUCUCAAUCUGUUUCAAAAUCAACAACUGUAACACCCCCAAAUGAUCCGAAAUCAAAAGAAGCUGUUGUUCCAACUGCACCUGAUGCAGCACCGAAGUCGAAAGCACCGGCAGCUCCAACAGCAGCAAAUGGAGCACCAAAAUCAACAAAAUCUAAGAAGGCGAAAUCUUCGAAAUCGAAAAAGGAUAAGAAAACAGAAGAUGAUGGAGGUUAUGAAAAUUGUGCGGAUAUGACACCGGAAGAAUUGAAAAAAAUUGCCGAUGGAGCAAAAUAA